UGCCAGCGGUGCAGAUCGCGAAAGUUCUCAUAGUUGACACCUUAGACGUUUAUUGUGAACCUAAAUGCUCCCCACUUUUCGUAUUGUUGUUAUACUAUUAGCUGAGCGACCUGGUGACUUGAUUUAAAUUAGACCCAAAGAAAGAAGUUUUCACCAGGAAAGUGGAUGCAACCUAACCCCUUAGGAUGAUUCUGAGCUGCCACUUGAGGGAUGAUUUACAUUUCUCGCAGGCCAAGAGUGAAGACUGAUUGUUGUGAGGCCUUCUGGGAACUAGUGAACUUGGCAGUUUUGCCUUUACUUAAGAUUACUGUUGUGUUUGUCGCACCGGGAUAGACCGAGUAUAGCCCAGUUCGUCACGCCUCUUCUUCGUCUACGUCGUCACCGUCAUCAUGCCUGGCCACGCCCCUAGAACCACAGGCCCCGACCCCGACCCCAGCGAGUUCCUGUUCGUGUCUCUCGAGACCAAACGCCAGGACCAGGCCAAACCUUACGACUCCAAGAAGUCCUGCUGGAUCCCGGACGAGAAGAGCGGCUUCGUCCUGGGCGAGAUCAUCGGCACCAAGGGCGACCUCAUCACCGUCACGACGGGAGGCGUCAUCAAGAGCUACAAGAAGGACCUGGUGGGGCAGGUCAAUCCCCCCAAGUUCGAGAAGUGCGAGGACAUGGCCAACCUGACGUACCUCAACGACGCCUCCGUCCUGCACAACCUCAAGUGCAGGUAUAACAGCAACCUGAUCUACACUUAUUCGGGGCUGUUCCUGAUCGCCGUGAACCCCUACAAGAGGUUCCCGAUUUAUACCAAUCGCUGCAUCAAGAUCUAUCAGGGCAAACGGCGGAGUGAGGUUCCGCCACAUAUUUUCGCCAUCGCCGAUGGGGCCUACAUGGACAUGUUGCAAACUGGUGGAAACCAAUCGAUACUAGUCACAGGUGAGUCUGGCGCGGGCAAAACGGAGAAUACGAAGAAGGUACUUUCCUAUUUUGCCAACGUUGGCGCCAGCAGCAAGAGGAAAGAGUCUGCGAAGAGGCCUAACUUGGAGGACCAAAUCAUCCAGACGAAUCCCAUCCUGGAAGCUUUCGGUAAUGCCAAGACCGUCAGGAAUGACAAUUCCUCUAGAUUCGGAAAAUUCAUCCGUGUGCAUUUCUCGGCCUCCGGCAAGCUCUCAGGAGCGGACAUUGAAGUCUACCUCCUGGAGAAGGCUCGCGUCAUCUCGCAACAGCCCAACGAACGCUCGUACCACAUCUUUUACGAGAUGAUGUCAGGCCAGAUUCCCUCCAUUAAAUCUCUGUGUGGUCUCAGCGAGGACAUUUUCGACUAUCAUUAUGUGUCCCAAGGUAAAGUCACGGUUCCUUCCAUAGACGAUGCUGAGGACAUGCAGUUUUGCGACGAUGCCUUCGACGUCCUAGGCUUCGCCCAGCAGGAGAAGGACGACAUCUACAGGAUCACGGCGUCCGUCAUGCAACUGGGGAACAUGAAAUUCAAGCAGAGGGGUCGGGAAGAACAGGCUGAACCCUGUGGAACUGAGGCAGGUGACGUCGUCGGCAAGCUCCUCGGCAUAGACGGAGAAGAGCUGUACAGGAACCUGUGCAAACCUAAGAUCAAAGUGGGCACGGAGUUCGUGUCGAAGGGCAUGAACAUGAACCAGUGCAACUUCUCCGUCGGCGCCCUCGCCAAAGCCCUCUUCGACAGGCUCUUCAAAUGGCUUGUGAGCAAGUGUAACACCACGCUCGAAACUGGCAAGAAGAGGACCAUGUUCAUCGGCGUCUUGGACAUCGCCGGUUUCGAAAUAUUUGACUUUAAUGGAUUUGAGCAGAUCUGCAUCAACUUCUGCAAUGAGAAACUGCAGCAGUUCUUCAACCAUCACAUGUUCGUACUAGAACAGGAGGAAUACAAAAGGGAAGGCAUCGAUUGGACCUUUGUAGACUUCGGGAUGGAUCUGCAGCCUUGCAUUGAUCUCUUCGAAAAGAAACUGGGCAUCCUCUCCAUCCUGGAAGAGGAGUCCAUGUUCCCCAAAGCCACCGACAAGACCUUCGGCGAGAAGCUGAACGUGAACCACCUGGGCAAGUCUCCCAUCUUCAUCAAGCCCAAGACUCCGAAGCCUGGCCAGGCAGAUUCCCACUUCGCCAUCGUCCACUACGCCGGGACAGUCAACUACAACCUAUCGGGGUGGCUCGAGAAGAACAAGGAUCCCCUGAACGAGACGGUGGUCGAGCAGAUCAAGAAGGCGACUAAUGAACUCGUGGUCACCAUCUUCGCCGAUCACCCUGGACAGUCUGGCAACGGUGAUUUUGCGGGAGGAAAAGGUCAGCGCGCUAAGAAGGCGGGCGGCUUCACCACCGUGUCUGCAGGCUAUAGAGAACAACUGUCCAACCUGAUGAAGACCCUGAACGCUACACAACCUCACUUCAUCAGAUGCAUCGUCCCCAACGAGACUAAGUCGCCAGGUGUCACCGACCCUGCUUUGAUCAUGCACCAGUUAACCUGCAACGGAGUGCUUGAAGGAAUUCGCAUAUGCCGGAAGGGAUUCCCCAACAGGAUGCUUUACCAGGAUUUCAAACAUCGCUACAAGAUCUUAGCCUCGAAGGAGGUCUCGGAGAUCGCAGACGAUAAGAAAGCCGCCAAAGCUUGCUUUGACAAAGCGGGACUGGACGAAGAACUGUACCGCUGCGGACACACCAAGGUGUUCUUCAGGGCGGGCGUCUUGGGCAACCUGGAGGAGAUCCGGGACAACCGCCUCGCCAAGAUCACGACCUGGAUGCAGUCCUGGGCCAGGGGCUACCUCAGCCGAAGGGCCUUCAAGAAGCUCCAGGAACAGCGCAUCGCCCUGACGAUCGUGCAGCGCAACCUGCGCAAGCACCUGGAGAUGCGCAACUGGGCCUGGCACCGCCUCUGGCAGAGGGUCAGGCCCUUGCUCAACGUCACGCGGGUCGAGGACGAGAUCCGAGCCCUCGAGGCCAAGGCGACGAAGGCGCAGGAGAACUACGAGAGGGAGAUCAAACAGCGGAUGGAGCUGGAGACGGCGAACGUCACCCUCAUCCAGGAGAAGAACAAACUCUUCUUGGCGCUGGAAGCCGUCAAGUCGAACUUGUCUGAGUACAUGGAGAGGGAGACCAAACUGCUGUCCCACCAGACUGAUAUGGAGGCGCAGUUGAAUGACAUCCUGGAACGCCUGAAACAAGAGGAGGAGACCCGCAACAGAAUAUACCAGGAGAAGAAGAAGGCGGACCAGGUUAUCCAGAGUCUGAAGAACGAGGUAGAAGACCUGGAACUCUCCGUCCAGAAGGCGGAGCAGGACAAAGCCUCCAAGGACCACCAGAUCCACACCCUGAACGACGAAAUCUCCCACCAGGAGGACCUGCUGAACAAGAUGAACAAGGAGAAGAAGCACCUGCAGGAGUGCAACCAGAAGACCGCCGAGGAUUUGCAGGUAGUCGAGGACAAGUGCAACCACUUGAACAAGGUGAAGGCGAAGCUGGAGCAGACGAUCGACGAGCUCGAGGACUCUCUGGAGGCGGAGAAGAAGGCCAGGAACGACACGGAGAAGGCGAAGAGGAAGGUGGAGAGCGAGCUGAAGAUCACGCAGGAGGGCAUCACCGACCUCGAACGGGGCAAGAAGGAACUCGAGAAGGUCGUCGACAGGAAGGACAAGGAGAUGUCGGCCCUGAACCUCAAGUUGGAGGAGGAGCAGCUAGCCGUAUCCAAAGCCCAGCGGCAGAUCAAGGAGCUUCAGAUCAAGAUAGAGGAGCUGGAGGAGGAGGUCGAGCAUGAGCGCCAGGCCCGUGCCAAGGUGGAGAAGACGAAGGAGGCCCUGAACAAGGAGCUGAGUGAGCUGGGCGAGCGUCUGGACGAAGCCGGAGGAGCCACGGCUGCCCAGAUAGAGCUGAACAAGAAGCGAGAGGCUGAGCUCACCAAGCUUCGGCGGGAACUGGAGGAAUGCGGUAUCCAGCACGAAGCCUCUCUCGCCAACCUGCGUAAGAAGCACAACGACAUCGUGGCCGAGAUGGGGGAGCAGAUCGACCAGUUGAACAGGCAGAAAACGAGAGCUGAAAAGGAGAAAGAAACGGUGAAAAGGGACGCCGAUGACGCUAAGACGGCGAUGGACGACAUCAGUCGAGAUAAGGCCCACCUGGAGAAAGUGAACAAGCAGCUCAUCCACCAGACGAACGAGAUCCAGGCGAAGCUGGACGAAGCCAACCGCACACUCAACGACUUCGAUGCGGCCAAGAAGAAGCUUUCGGCCGAGAACUCCGAUCUCCUGAGGCAGCUGGAAGAGAGCGAGAGUCAGAUAGGCCUACUCUCCAAGCUGAAGCUCUCCUUGACCAACCAACUGGAGGAUACUGCUAAGCUUGCCGAUGAGGAGUCCAGAGAACGUGCAACACUUCUUGGGAAGUUCCGCAACUUGGAACAUGACAUAGACGGCCUAAGAGAGAUGCUGGAGGAAGAGAGCGAAGCGAAGACCGACGUCCAGCGCCUCCUCUCGAAGUCAAAUGCCGAGGCGCUGAUGUGGCGAGCCAAGUACGAGUCGGAGGGCGUGGCUCGAGCCGAGGAACUAGAGGCAGCCCGGAUCAAGCUCACGGCCCGCCUGGAAGACGCCGAGGAACAGAUCGAGCAGCUCAACGUCAAGAACAUGCAGCUGGAGAAGACCAAGCAGAGGGUUUGCACGGAACUGGAGGACAUGCAGAUCGCCGUAGACCGAGCGCAGACGCUGGCCAACGCCGCCGAGAAGAAGCAGAAGAACUUCGACAGGAUCAUCGGCGAAUGGAAGAUGAAGGUCGACGAUCUGGCGGGAGAGCUGGACGCAUCGCAGAAGGAGUGUCGGAACUACUCCACGGAACUCUUCCGAGUGAAGGCAGCCCACGAGGAGACGCAGGAUCAGCUGGACACUGUGCGUCGGGAAAACAAAAGCCUGACUGACGAAAUCAAGGACCUCAUGGACCAGAUCGGCGACAACGGCCGUAGCCUUCACGAAAUGCAGAGGAGUAUCAAGCGCCUCGAGAUCGAGAAGGAGGAGCUCCAAGCGGCUCUGGAGGAAGCAGAGGCCGCUCUCGAGCAGGAAGAGAACAAGGUGCUCCGAGCUCAACUCGAACUCAGCCAAGUCAGGCAAGAAAUCGAUCGGCGCAUUCAAGAGAAGGAGGAGGAGUUUGAAAACACAAGGAAGUGCCACCAGAGAGCAAUCGAUUCCAUCCAGGCCUCCCUGGAGUCGGAGGCCAAGGGCAAGGCAGAAAUCCUGCGCCUGAAGAAGAAGCUCGAAUCCGACAUGAGCGAGGUAGAGGUGACCCUCGAGCACUCCAAUAAGACCAACACCGACCUGCAGAAGCACAUCAAGAAGCUGCAGGCAGAGAUCAAGGAACAGCAGGUGCGCAUCGAGGAAGAGCGACGCCUCAGCUCCGAGUACAGAGAGCAGUACGGAAUCUCGGAGAGACGGGCCAACAGCCUCCGAGGAGAGCUGGACGAGUCCAGGACUUUGCUCGAGCAGUCGGAUCGCGCCCGUCGCCAGGCCGAGGCCGAGCUGACGGAGGCGCACGAGCAGCUGAGCGAACAGAACAACCAGCUCAGUUCUCUCACGAUCGUCAAGAGGAAACUUGAAGGGGAACUGCAGACGAUACAGGCUGAUCUUGAAGAAAUGAUGAGUGAAGCCAAGAAUUCAGAAGAGAAGGCAAAGAAGGCCAUGAUAGACGCUGCUCGAUUAGCUGAUGAACUAAGGGCUGAGCAGGAGCAUGCGCAGACUCAGGAGAAUAUGCGCAAGGCGCUGGAAGUAUCGGUGAAGGAGCUACAAAUUCGCCUGGACGAGAGCGAGAGUAACUACGCCAAAACUGGAAAGAAGGCAGUGAACAAACUGGAAGCCAGAGUGCGCGAGCUUGAGACUCAUUUGGACGAAGAGGCCCGCCGCCACUCAGACGCCCAGAAGAACCUGAGGAAGUGCGAGAGGCGCAUCAAGGAGCUCACCUUCCAGUCCGAAGAAGACAAGAAGAACCACGAGAGCACGCAGGACCUAGUGGACAAACUCCAGCAGAAAAUCAAGACCUACAAACGUCAGGUGGAAGAGGCAGAAGAAAUCGCCGCUCUCAACUUGGCGAAGUUCCGCAAAGCCCAGCAAGAACUGGACGAAAUUGAGGAGAGGACGGAGUCAUACAUCCCUCGCAGAGAGAUGUCGGUCGUUAGGACUACUCAAGGGACUACUGAGCCGGCAGUAUCCCAUCGUCGAGAAAUGUCGGUGGUGAAGAGCGCCGAAGCAAUGCUGGCUCAGCUCGGGCUCUGAGCACUGGCUUGGAAGACGACGCAGUUCCACACACACACACACACAGGGAGAGAAAAACUAAAAAUCAACAAGAACAACAUCUUGUAAUGAAAUCCUAAUGCUUCUCAAAUGUUCCCUAACCUGCAGAGAAUGCUGGAAUGAUGAAGGGAAGCAAAGACACUGAGUACCUCAUUUUAUUAUGGACGAUUUCGUACUUUCUAUUUCUUUAUAAUGACUUUUAUUACCUUUGUAGUAAAAUAUUUGAAUUGA